CUGUGGAUUCCGCGACACAGAUUCGCGACGAGCCGAUUUAAUACCCUUGUGUUGCUCGUGUUGAGGUUGUUCUAUCAAGCGUCCUCAUUUGAUUCAGCAGCUCCUUCCUCAAGCAGAAUUUCGACUUUGGAAGAGGCUAUGGCCGACGAAAAGCAACAGCGAACCGACACAAAUUGCUGUGUGAGAAGUGGGGGCCAGCAUCGAGAUGCUUCAUUGCAACUUUCCUCCGAAUACGAAAGGCUAUCAACUGCAGAUUGGCUCAAGCAGAUUCUUGCAAGGUCUGAGUCGAUUUCAACAUAUGAGGUCGUUUCCAUGACAUGGGUCAAGGCAUUGACAUCUCCUUUCUCCCACGAGUUCAUUCAAUUCAUCGUCGAGGACUCCACAACCCGUAAGCGCACUCGGAUCGCCGUUGGAAGAGAAGAGACAGGGGAUUGGGUGGUUUGCGGAUGGAAUUGGAGAUCUGGUGAUCCUCCAUCCCAUCAUUAUAAUCUCCCCCUUCCCCUGCUAUCACUAAAUUUCCACGAAUCAAACCGACCUGAUAUCUGCGCUGUCAGUCGCCUAUUUGCGAUGGUGACAGAAAGAAGACCUGAAUAUAGGAUGGUUCGAGAGAUGUGCUGGUGGUAUGCAGAAACUAUCUUCGAGGAGAUGCAUUCGAGAUAUGGCUGCUCAAUCAAAGAAUGGAAGUGGGCGAAAUACCGCUACUCGUUCAUAGUGGUAACUAGGCUCUUCCAACGGAGGGCAUUGAGAAAGCAUGCUGAGGCUUUCAGAUUGCAGAUAGCAAAUACGAUGCAUUACUGA